GCGAUGGCAUCUUUCAAGAACUUGUUGGUGGGCGAUGGCGCCGAUCAACGUGGACGACGUCGGGCGCUUGCUCCAGUGGAAGCUCAAGAAGCAGCUGACCAAGCUCAGCGACGAGGCGCAGGUGCAGAUCGCGCAGGACCUCCUCUCGUCGUCGUCGCAACUGGAUGCGGUCGAAGCAGCGCUCAACAUCCCGCGGCCGCGGCUCCUCCGCGCCGUGCUCGAGUGGGCCGUGCACAUGGCGACCAAGGCCUCGAGCGACGACGCCUCGACGGCCGCGCGUGCGUUCGAUGUGCUCGCAAGCGCGCUCACGCAGACGAGCGGGUACCAACUGCAGCUGCCAUUGCAGUCGUGCACGCAGCUGCUGCAGGCCAUGACCAUUGUCGUCUCGGCCUCGGAGAGCGUGCUUCCGAGCGUGCUCUGCGUGUUUGUGCACCUCUUUGAAAACACGAGCGCCGCGUCGUUUGCGCCGCAGUUUGGCGUCUUCAAGCCGCCGACCGACGUCUACACGACCUUUCUGCACACGACGCUGCGGACGCUCGUGGCACGCCCGCCGUCCGAGACCGCUCGGGAUCUCAUGCUCGUGAUCCUCCGCGUCUCGCACGUGCUGCAGAAGCACCAGAGCAACAAGAAGAAGGUCUUCCUCGCGAGCAAGCAGUCGCUGUCGUCGUUCAUGGGGCUCCGCGCGUCGCUCAUCGCGGGCGAUGCAGACUACGCCGCGCCGAUCGUGCACCUCCUCGACACGAUGGUCGGAGACGCACUCUUUGACGUGGAGCACCUCUUUGGCUACGACAAGCUCCACACCGCGACGAGCGUCUGGCAGCUGUCGUCGAGUGACGCGCCGCCGGCCAAGAAGGCCAAGCUCGCGCCCAAGACCGCCAAGAUCGCCAUGGCGUACCAAGAACAGCUCUUCGCCGAGCUGCAGGCGCAGCUGCAACCGGACGCGGCCCACGCCUAUGCGGCGGCAGACUUUGCAGCGAUGCUCGUGGCCCAGUUCACGUCGCGCAUCCGGUCGCAGACGGAGAAGCGCAAGGCGCCCGACGCCGUCACUCCCGCCUUUGCGUUCUGGCUCGAGCUUAUCGCGGUCAGCAUCCGUCUACCGACGACAAACGACGCGUACCCGAUCCAGAUGCGCGUGCUGCGCACGCUGUGGGCCGCCAUGAACAGCAGCGAGAUUUACAGAGUCGCCGAAGACAACGCUCGCCAGGACCAGCUGCAGUACCUCGAGCGGGUCGUAUCGAGCAUCAUGGGCCUCGUGAAAGCGGACAACAGCGCGUGCAUUCCGGACGAGACGACGCUCUUGUCGAGCAUGGUCGAGUGCUCGCCCAAGAUCCUCCAAGCACACUUGCCACAGGUGUUUGCGCUGCUCUCCAAGAAGGCGACAAGUGAUGUGGACGCGAGCGCAGAGUGUCUGCGCCACCUGCUGCACUCGUACGACGCGGUGCGUCUGCUGCAGGACCUCCUCAGCGCCCUCUUUGCGACCACCAACGCAGCGCCGCUCACGCGCCUCUUCCGGCACGCGGCGCUCGAUGCCAUGCUGCGCACCGCGUGCAACAACGUCCCUGCCGGGCAGCUCGAGUCCAUCUGGCUCUUCUUCCACGACGCCCUGCGCGCGGGCAUGGACAACACCGCGACGCUCCAGCUCGUGCGCACGGUCUUUGGCACGUUUCUGCAAGAAGUCCAAGUGAGCCAGCACAACCGAGAGAUGUUUGAGGCGCGCGCCAAGGAUUCGUUCGAGGUCCUCGUGCGCCCGGCGUUGGAGCACGUCGACGACGCGGUGGCGCGCCAGCUGCUCAGCCUCGCCGGCGACCUCCUCGAGCUCACCGACAAGUCGCUCGACAUGCAGUAUGUGCUGGAUGCGAUUUUUGCCGCCGACGACAUGGGCACGACGCUGCACCGGCUCGCCUCGACGGAGCAGAACGACGACGACCCGUCGCUCGCGCUGCAUGGCCUUCUCAAGCUGGCGGCAACGCGCGUGCGGUUCCUUACGUCCGGCGGCGCUGGCGGUGACGAAGCGGCGUCGAUGGCCGCGUUCGUGCUUGGCAAUUGCGGCGCCGAGUGGGCAUGCAUCACGCCGUUCUUGACGGAGCUUGGGCACGCGGCCCCGGCAGACGUCUCGUCUGCGUUCAUGGAGACCGUGUGCCGCCAGUCGAUCGCGGCGCCGGCAUCCUCCUCGCUCUUCCUCGACGCGGCGUUCUACGAGAUUCGGCCGUUCCUGAACGUCGUGCCGACCGUGUUUGUGCAGCUGCUCGCGACGUCGGUCGGCGCGCUGGCGUCGUCGUCGAAAGCCUCGGCGCGCCUUGCGAAGCUCGCUCGGCGCAUUGCAACGCCGGCGGAGCACCCGGCAUUCCUCGAGGCGCUUGCCCGCGUCUCGUUGCCGGCGUCGGCCGUGGCGGCCACGGACCUCGAGGCGACACUCACGUUCCUGGCGGCCGUGCCGAUCCCGUACAUUCCCAGCCCCGCGACGACGCUGCUUCUGUGCACCAUGCUGCGCCUGGAGCUGCUCUUGGCAGACACGACGACUGCGAGCACGGCCAUCCACACGUGGCUCACGACCUACUUUGAUGCGACGACCCACGCGCUCGAGGCCGCCAGCAUCGAGGCGCUCGACCACUGGCUGCCAUUGGUGCUCGGCCGCGCAACCCUCUCGGGUGGGACCGACCAUAUGCUCGGGGCGUUUGGCCGCUGCGUGGCCAAGGUGCACCCGACGCUUCUCCACCGCAUGCUCAGCGUGGUGAGCGCGCGGGCCACGGCCGACGGUAUGACGACGACGGUGCGUCAGCUCCUCUCGCGGGCGCUGCAGUGCUGCUCGAUCGCCAAGAGCAAGCACGUCGAGGCGUUCUGGGCCGACGCGAUCCACCCGCGGGUGGCGCGACUCGUCGCAACCGAGUCGCUGACCAGCGACGCGCUCGAUCUCUUUGCUUCAAUUUUGCACUUUCACGAGCUCAAGCACAAGACCGACAACGACGUCCACGCAAGCGUCGGUAAAGUCCUCGCGGCCGCGUGCCGCCACGUGACGAGUGGCGAUGACGCAGCGGCCGUCGUCGCCAGCGAAGCCGUGCUGCGUACGAUCGCGGUUCACUACAAGUCGCUCUCCAAGACCCUGCACUUUGCUCUGCCUGUGUUUGGCGCGCUUCUCGGCGCCUGUCUUGUCGCGUCGCCGUCGACGACCAUCUCGACGGCAGUCGAGGCCUUGCUCGACCACUGCAACGACGCCGAGUUUGCCCUUGUCUGGUCGACGCUCCAGCACGAGCUCCUCCACGGUGACGAGACGCGCGUCACGGCGAGCCUUCGCGCGACGCUUCUCUUUCUCCAGACCGACAAGCUCCAUGGCCACCGGCACUUGCUCAGUGCGUCGGCCAAGCACGUGCUUGCGUCGGUCGUCGACCUUGCGAAUGCACAGUACGGAGCGAGCACGCACGUCCUCGCACUGCAGGUCGUGGCGCAGCUGCUCACAAAGCAGGAUGCGUUCCAUUGGCACGCGAGCGACGUGCAGCUCGGUCUCUUGGUGCUCCGGCCUCUGCUCUCGCUUGCCGCCGCCGAGGCGCUGCCGGCCAUCGACGACGUCCACCAGAUCUGGACGAGCGCGUAUACGGUGCUCCUGCGGGUGCUGCGCCAGCACAGCGCGUCACUGCCCGUGUUUUUGCCGCACUAUGUCCUCGGCUGCAAUGCGCUCCUGCGACUCGUCUUGCGCGUCGGCAAGGACGCAAAGGUGACGAAGGAGCUCCUCGUGUGGGCGUCCAACCUCACGCGUCUCUAUGGGUACAUGAUUCCCCACGGCGUCUCGUUCCGCAAGCACAUGGUGUACAUGCUCGCCGAGUAUUUCAAGCAGACGGACGCGCUGCCGCACGACGUGACCGAGACGCUUCGGCCGGGUAUCUACGCCCUCUUUGACAUUUGCUCCAAGUACGAGAAGGACCAGCUCUUUGGGACGCUCGACGCGACUGGGAAGGUCCUCCUCAAGAGCAUGGACACGCACUACAAGGAAACACACCAGUACACGGGCAAAGUCUAGGACAAUCUACUAUUUCGAACUUUUUUCU